AUGGUGUGGUUAAGAAACACGUGGUCGCGACGUCUGGAUGCUAAUAGCUACGCUCGUAUUGUGUUUGACAUUAUAAGUAUACUCGUCUCUCCGUUCGGCAGCUCCACUUUUGUCAAGUCAGGUGUUCGUUUCCACUGUUUUUCGGUUGCGCGUAUCCUAUUUUUUGUCCACUUCUUCUUUGUGGCUAACAGAGUUCGCAGUGGUUAUAAAAGGUGGCAGGAAAAAGAACUCCUAGAUGGUUUAUUUUCAAUUAAUGUUUUUUACGACUGGCUUACCACAUAA